GUUUUGAAUCUAUGGCCGAAGCUGUCAUUCCUGAGAACGUUCUCACGAAGGUAGCUCGCAACGUCGAAGUGAGCUGAGCUCAGCUGAGCGGCUGUGCAAAUUUUGUCAAGUCUAAAUUUUGAAAUGCAAAUGAACGGACAGAGAUGAGAUCUUUCGUCAGCAUGGACGGGCAAUCGAGGUCCGGAUCAGUCGCUAAUACGAUGCAGUCCGAACUGCAUCAGACCGUUCCGUUUCGGUGCACAUGAAUAGGCUCUGCGUAUCUCGAUGGCUUCACAAAGCUCGAUCUUGCUUGAAAGAUUUCAAUGUACUGCCUUAUCCCUCGAUCUGUUUCUAAGGAAGCUGCUGACGGGAUUGAAAGUAAAAAGCCUCGACGCUCGUAUCACAUCGACACGUUUCGCUGCAGUGAUACACAAUUUUUUUUAUCUGAGAUUUGAGAAUGGUGGUGCUGAUGGAAACACCAACGCUGCAGGCUCAUUCGCCUCUCAGCCGAAUCCAGUGUCGAUUGUUCCCGGAAAUCGAGACGGGUUCUCUAUGGCUAAAAGCCCUGACGGGGGAUGCUGCCACCGUGCAGGAGGCUAGCACAAAGGCUCCCCCAUCGAGUCCAGUUUCGGAAGACGAAACAACAAUAAGAUCCAAACGUACCACCGGGAGUGAUAAUAGUACACGAGGAAAAGAUGCUGCAAUUGCUGCUUCUCUUGUUGGGUCUAGAAAUACGAAAGGCAAAGUGACAGUGAGGGAGAUGGUGGAGUGGAUUUCAGCAUAUCAUGAGCCUCUAAAGCUCCCCCAGAGUCGAGACUCUGAGGUUCAAAGCAACGAGCCUUCUCAUUCUGCUCCUCGGGGCAGAAUCGAGCAUCAAAUGGAGGAAAGCUCUCAAGUUUAUCCACGACUGAAAGCCAACAUUGGUGCCGACAAGACGAAGGAUCCCUCACAGCCAUCGGUUGAGAAGACCGGAAUUCAACAACAGAAGAAAACUCUACGCGCUGUAAGUCCUCAAGAGCUGCAAAGGAUUGAGGACUACCAGUUUCUAGCCCUGGCUAAGCGCGACCUCAAGCAACUUGAAGCUGAAAUAGAGCUUUGCUGUCAGGAAACUGCGGGUCUUCAUGGAAUGGUCCGACAAGAGAUGGAGCGCAUCAUCGAGAGUGCACUUCGAACGAUCAAGCACGGAGGAAGUAUGGAUGUGAACCAGGCCGUGGAGUAUAAUGAUAACCUUCUUCAGAUGCAACGAAAGUUCGAGGAUCUGAGCACCCGCCUGCAGAAGUCAAAAGCUGAUUUGGCCAGCGUCAAGCGAAUCGUGUCUGACUGUGCACGCAUCAGGUGCAAAUGCUGGUGGUGCAGAGGCUACAAUAGUUUCCGAAAGCUCAUCCCCAUCAACCUCAGAGGAACGAGGAGACUGUCUCCUUCGCGACCGGUUGCGUCCCCUUCUUGAGCUUGCCGACUCUGCAAGAGCCUGCAGCCCUUCUGGCUGUAAUGCAGCGAAGUUAGAAAUUUUGUUCAUUUACAGGAAAAUUCUGAUCUCAGUUCACCGUCUCCCGUGCCUCCUUGUCUUUUUUCUACUACCCUGUUCGCAGCUUUGAUACAGCACCUGUACUAUCUUAGAAGCGCAAGGUCUAAACUUGAAGACCGGACUGUACAUCGAUUUGAGGAGCAUUCAUAGUGAACUAUCUGUUUUCCUGAAGUUUUAAUCGAUGAUGAAGAGUACUAUGCAACGAUGUGUGUCUUAUCCUUGUGGAAAGAAUUUGCAAUUUCAACCAAGAUAGUGUACUUAAUGGCGAGAUGAUUUUAAUCUCUUGUCCGAGGAGUACUUAUCUUGCCAUGGCGAAGCACUCUCCUCCAUUCAUCGACAUCCACCUGUGCCUAUACUGCCUGUGAAGUCGAUGUAUCUCCAGCAUCUAAUGCAGUGCAGAUAGGAUACUAAAAACAUGAAAAUGAUCAUACGCCCAAGAUUUCUUUAAGUUUGUAUCGCAUCCACGAAUGAAUCAAAACUGGG